AUGGACGACGACUCAGACGAGCGCACCGAGGAGCUCGACACAUUGCAGUCCAUCUAUCCAGAGCUCGUGCUCAACGCUGCCCACCCCUACACCGCCGCGCUCGACCUGCUCGUCGCACCCACAAGGCCACUGCCCGUCACCUUCACGCCCGAACAAGACGUCCAGCGCCUGGCCUACCUCCCCACGCUGCACGUCGAGAUUCUCCUGCCCGUAGAGUACCCAAACUACGGCCCGCCACACAUCAGCAUCACCACGACCCCGCCGUGGCUGCCAGACGCCUGCGCGCAGAAGCUGGCCGACGAGGCCACGUCGAUCUGGGACGAGUACGGCGGCGGCAUGGUAUUAUUUGCCUACAUCACCUCGUUGCAGGAGCGGGCUGAGGCCUGCUUUGGCGUCGACGAGCUCACCCUGCCUGCCUCAAUGCGGGAAGAGCUUCUGGCCUACAGCAAGCGAAUGAAGCGAGAGCUGUUCGACAAGGAGACAUUCGACUGCGAGGUCUGUCUCGAGCCGAAAAAGGGCUCGGCCUGUUAUCGCAUGCAGCGCUGCAACCACGUCUUCUGUGUCGCCUGCCUGCAAGACUACUACAACAACUGCAUCACCGAGGGCGCUGUCAGCAACGUCAAGUGCAUGUCCACGGAAUGCGGCAAGCCGACCCCCGGCGGAAAGAGAAGGGAGCGACUGCUGUCGCCGAAAGAGCUGUUGCAAAUACCCCUUUCUCGCGAGCAAGUCGAGCGCUACGUCAACAUCAAACGGAAAAAGAAGAUGGAGUCCGAUCCCAGCAUCAUGUUCUGCCCCCGCACCUGGUGUCAAGGCGCAAUGCGUUCCGCCAAGUACCCCAAGAUCAAGGACAUAAGCACAAUGGAUAGCUCUGACUCGGAAGCAGAAGACGACAAUAGCCAUGCACAACCACAGGCUCCAACCGGUCCAGAGAAGCGCGCUGUGGGCGUCAGAGGCAUGGAUCGCCUGGCUGUCUGCGAAGACUGCACCCUGGCCUUUUGCGUCGUCUGCCUCUCGUCAUGGCAUGGAGAUUUUGUGCGUUGUGAACCACGCGACGCAAACCAACUCACCGAAGAAGACCAGGCUUCUCUCAAUUUCAUCAUGAAGAACACUUCGCCUUGCGCUUACUGUUCGGUUCCCUGCCAAAAAUCCUUUGGCUGUAAGUCCACCUCCUUUUCGCAAGCAUCCAAGCCAGCUAAUGUUCUUCCAGGCAACCACAUGACGUGUGCGCAGUGCAAAACACAUUUCUGUUAUCUAUGCGGUGCCUGGCUGGAUCCAGGGCGACCCUACCAGCAUUUCAACGAUCCAAAGAACAAGGCCUGCUUCCAGCGGCUCAUGGACGGCGCCGAGGGUGAUAUUGUAAAUGGCGACGUGCAGUUUGGUGGGAGACGAGGAGCAGAGCAGCUCGCAGAGUUUUGGGAACAGGAGGCAAUGAGAAUACAGGUGCAGCUUGACGAAGAAGAUACAAGGUAA